GUAUGCGAAAACCUAUAAAAAAGUGCUUUUGGAUUCAAAAAAACUAUGUCGGCAAAAAAUGCCGCCUGCUCUAUGAGGAAAUGCCCACUGUGCAACAAUUGUACGAUACAUAAGUUGCAUGAGAAAAUCUAUAACUAGACUUUCCGUAAUCUAUUUCUUUUUUUAUAUGUACAUUUAUGACUCUACCAACGAGAUAAUAUUCUACACACAAAAAAAUAUAUAGUCUGUUUGUUCUCAAACAUAAUCAAUUGAAUAGAGGUCUUUUCAACAAAAUUUUGUUAAAAAAAUUCGUUUGAUUAUAUGUAAACGAAAAUAGAAUCAGUAACUCUUCAGUUCUUAUCGUUUUAGAGCAACAGGAGUUUUAGAAUUUUUUCAUUUAUAUUACGCUCGAGAUAAGAAAUAUCAUAUUAAAAUUAUAACUGUUUAUCGAACAAAAAUUCUAAGUUAAACGAUCUCGAUGUUGUAUUUUUUUGUGAAUGAUCCAAAUUGAUUUACGGAUUUUUUUUUAUGUAAAAUAAAUAAUUAGAAGAAAUUCAAAUUUUUUUCCAUUUUUUGUUUAGAAUAUUUACAAAAAAAACAAGUUGAUCGUGCAGAAAAAUUAUUGUUAGCCAAACAACAUGGUCUAUUUUCUGAAUGUAUUUGCUGUUGUGAAGAUAAUUUAUUAGAUGAAGAUAUGGUACUAUGUUCCGAUGGUCAUCAGUUAUGUAGUACAUGUGUUCGAAAUUAUAUUGAAACUGGUUUUAAUCAAAAUGGUGAUUGUUUCUUUACAUGUUUAUAUCCAAAUUGUAAAUUAGAAUAUUCUACACAAAUUAUAAGAAAUUUAAUAAGUCCAAUAUUAUUUUCACGUUUAUUAAUUAAAAUACAACAAGAAGAAAUUCGUCUAGCAAAUAUACCAAAUUUAGAACAAUGUCAAUUUUGUACAUUUGCUGCAAUUGUCGAUGAUCCAAAUGAAAGAAUAUUUCGUUGUUUAAAUCAAGAAUGUUUAAAAGAAACAUGCCGACAAUGCAAAGAACCAAAUCAUAUCCCAUUACGAUGUGAUGAGGUUGAAAAAGAAGAUGAACUAGAUAUGAGAAAAUUUAUUGAAAAUCGAGUCUCAGAAUCGAUGAUUCGUAUUUGUCCAAAAUGUAAACGGGCAUCAGUAUGCUAUGUUUGUCGACAGCUCAUUGAUGGUUACGAACAUUUCAAUGAUAAUACUAAAUGUGCAGCACAAGCCGAUGUUGUCAAACUACAUCAAGAAGAAAUGAGGGUCGCUUAUGAAGAAGCAAAACAAGCAUAUUUAGAAAAACAUCCGGAAGCAGCAGCAAUUGUUUUAAAAUAUGAUCCAUCUAGUCAUCUAGUAGGAAACAAAAAAGAGUAA